AUGGAGAGACCAGUGAAUGUUCCACGAACCAGACGAAUGAGGAGGAGGUUUCCCAUGGUAAUCUUUCCAGUGUUUUUGGCUGGAUUGAUGGGCCUACUAGUAGAGUCGAUCCAGGCAUUUUCUAUCAACCAUGGAAAUCUUCCCUUCCCACAGAGACGAAACGUCAAUCAACGAGUAGAUGUCCAACUCUUUAGUAGUGCUGGUACAAUUCCAAUUCCACAACAAGAUGAUUUACUACAGGUCUUUUCCUGGGAUGAGGAAGAAUCCAAUGACUCAGAGUUUGAUCGACUUUGUCGCGUUCACUCUGUCUUGGAAACCGUGAGACUCCAAGUGCCCAUGCUUUUGUCCACACCAUUGACAGAAGCAUCCUCCAAGGCUGUCUAUGACGAUCAGGUAGAGUUGGUAGUCAACGAUGACAUUGUCCUGGCUUCUUCCAGAGAAGAACUGGUCGCAUUGUCCACCACUCUGGUUCUCGCAGUGGCAGCUACAAACCAAGCCAACGCCUUCUUCACACUAAGCAGCAAUACCGACAAUAGUAGAAAAUCAUCAUCAGUAUCAUCAUCGCAACAACAAGCAUCAUCCACAGUACUCUCCAGCCAAAUGGCCAUGGACCCAACGGUACAAACGCUGCGAGUCAAGUGGAACGUACAGCUACCCACCGUUGGUCCAAGAGGAUCAUCACAGCAGCGACGACAAUUACAAGGCUUAUCGGAAUUAGAGCUUCAUCCUACCACGGCAAAAGUCGUCAGGUUACGACUGCUGCAAGUCCAGUGGAAUGAUGAACUACUCAAUGCCCGAGCCAUUGCCGAAAGUUUGGCAUCCUUGCGACAGUUGGUACUGGCAGUCCAAAAGUCGCCCUUGGCCGUAGCGGGUGGUGGACUCUUGCCAUCCUUCUCUUCCUUGCUGGGGACCGAUUUCUUGCAGCAAGUCCAAGCAGUAGCAACAACAACUACUACUUCUACUACCGAUAGUGAAAAAUCACCACUGUUUGUUGUGGAAUCCAUAGACAAAGUCUUUCAAAACAAGGACAACAGCAACAAGGCAUCCAAUAAUACGACAAACAACAACAACAACAACACAAACACCAUGAUUCCCAUUGAUGACUAUGGUCCAACCGUCCUCCCGGGAUCGAGCACCUGGAGCCGCUACGUGGCGCGUCGACAAGUCUUUUAUGUCUUUUGUCGAGAAGCACUGACUGUGCUCUCUGGAAACAAGACCAUUGCUACCAAGGACAUGGUAGAGUUGUUUGCUCCACAGGCACGUCUCGUCGCCGUGGAUGGAAGUGAAUUGUUGAGAGGAAGAGAUGCCGUCAGCAAUUUCUUUCAGACACUGGCGUCCUGGAGAAAACGAGCGUCGGGCACAUGGGAAAUUAGAAAUGCUACUCUCGGCAAAGACAAAGACAAAUACAAAUACAACGACAAAAAGCAAGGAAAUAGCACCAAGGAUGGAAAUGAAAUCACAAUUUUGGUGGAUUAUCGAGCCACGUCUUCUCUACCUGGAACACCGACGCCAGUUGUGAUUCAAGGCACAGAUCAGUUCACAUUGGAUGUAAGCUACUUGAGUUUGACAGAAGAAACAAAAGCAUCAGAUGAUGACAGCAGUGGGCCCGAAGUUCUGAUCAAACGGAUUGAACAGAAAAAGCUGGAAAUUGUCAAUGGCGGUGUGGGUGCUCAAGCUGAUGCCUUGUGGUUCAUGAAGAGUCUUGUCAAUGCUCUCAACACAGGCCGAUUCAAUAGUAUGGGGGGCGAUUCAGUGGUCAUGGAAUUGUUGCAGCGUGUCAUUGCUGGAGAUGUCAAUGGGAACAAGAACAAGAAACCUCGUAGAAAGACUCCACCAAAACUACCAGACGCCACGGCAGUCCGUGUCUACAGAAUCAUGGCAGGAUUGCACCAUGAUGUCCCAUCUAUUUUUGACACAGAAACCCUGCGAGUUUAUCAGUUGCCGCCAAUGCAUGAAUUCAUGAGUGAACAUGUGGAAUUGAGAGGAUACCUUGGUGAAUCACUGGCUCGCGGUCGGCAAGCAUACAAUGCCGCAGUUGGGACAUCAAUUGCAUCCCUGAAAGCCUCCCUGGCAUCGGGUGGAGUCAAGUUGGACCAGGAACCGGCUGUCACGGUGGAACUGACCUCUCAGGGACAUGUGCGCCUUACCUUGUCGGUAGAACUCAAUGUAUUGCCCCUUCCCAGUGGAACCAGUGGCCUAAUCAACUCGAUCAGUGGAAGCGCAAUCUCCCUUCCAAGCGGGGGAUUCCCACUGCAGAUUUCAAUUGUGUCCGACUAUUUGGUGGACACGGAAACUCGAGAAAUCUAUCAACAUAGACUCGUUGAAACCAGAGUCAAUGGGCAACUGACGCCAGGAGAUGUCAUAUCAAGGUGGAUUAAAACACAGGCUGUGCCCUCUGACGGAGCAACCAACAACAAUGCAGCUCUUGUGCAACGUGGGUUGAUUGAUGCAAUAUCUUGGGUGAGAUCUGUGACCAAUAGAGGGUGA